AUGGCUGAUCCUUAAUAAUAUAAAGUACUUUGUAGUCUAGGAUAUGGAUCUGAACAUAUAGUAUAUAAAGCAGAGCUUAAUUUAAAUUCAUAGUUAUAUGCAAUAAAACUGGAAAAAUGUCCUGGUGUAGGAUAGUUAAAAAAUGAGAUAGAAAUGCUAUAAAAAUUAAGUGGAGUUGAAGGAAUUCCAUAAAUCAAAUAAUUUGGAUAAACUUUAGAGAAUAGGUAAUAUUUAAAUUAAUUGAUUAGGUACUUUUUAAUAGUACCAUUAUAUCAUAGUAACUUAUUAGACUUAGCAAAAUCUCGAAAGCUAUCUUUAACUUAAAUUUUAAGUAUAGGGUUGAGAAUAAUUGAAAUAAUUGAAAAAGUCCAUAAAAAAAAAAUAUUACAUCUUGAUAUAAAACCAGAGAAUAUAAUGUUAUCUUAAUAAUGUUUAAAUGAUUAAGAUAUCUUAUAACCUGGAUUUAUUUAAUUAAUUGACUUUGGAUUAUCUUAAUAAUUUAAUAAGGAUUCAGAAUCUUUAAAAGAUGUGUUUAUUGGUUCAUUAAAUUUUGCUAGUAGAUCUUCUCAUAAUGGAACACCACUUGGAUAUAAAGAUGAUUUAGAAAGUUUAUUAUAUGUAUUAUUUUACAUUCGAGAUUGUAAUUAAUUAAUUAUAUAAAUUUAGUAAGAUUACCAUGGUCUGAGAAAAGGUUUUGGGGGUUUAAAGAAGUUGAUUUUAAAUUAGUAGGAUAAACAAAGUCUUCUUUCUUCAAAUCUAAUGACUUUUAAUCAUAAUCAUUACUAAACUUUGAACCUUUUAUGUCUUAUAUCAAUUAAUUAACAUAUGAUAUAAUGCCAGAUUAUGAUUAUAUCAAAUCACUAUUUACUUAGAUGAUCUCAAAAUCAUAUACUAUGUAAUCUAUAUUUAAACAUGAUAAAUAAUAAACAUUUUCUAAUUCAUAUUAUGUAGACUCAAUAAUUAUUAGUUCAGACACCAUCUAAAUGUAAAUUGAUAAUAUACCAAAAUCUAAUAAUCAUUAGGAUAUUUAAGAUGAUAUUUUUCAUGAUAGCACCUCUACUUUAAUCUCCAAAAUUAUUGGAAAAUAUAAUACACAUUAAAUUAAGUCAAUUAAAGAUAUUUAAUAUUGA